GGAUGCUGUUCUCCACCAUGAAUAAGUCUAAUCGGUUUCGGAUGGGCAGUUUUAAAAUAUUUGAUUUAAUGUUGAAUCAGCGAAACAUUCAUGAAUUAACAUGUCGGUUUGCUGUUGUUCUUCUUUCAAUCUGCCAGUGUCUGGCAGACGAUGGAUACGAGAUGGAUGACUUUUUGAAAAGGGAGUACUCUCUUACCAAACCAUACCAAGGGUUGGGCUCCUCCAGUUCCUCUUAUUGGGACCUGAUGGGCAAUGCCAUGAUCACCACUGAGCAUGUGCGACUGACCCCUGACUUGCAGAGCAGACAAGGAGCAGUGUGGAGCCGUGUUCCCUGUUUCCUGCGGGACUGGGAGCUGCAGGUGCACUUUAAGAUCCACGGCCACGGGAAGAAGAACCUGAAUGGAGAUGGAAUGGCUCUGUGGUAUACCAAAGAACGCAUGCAGACUGGUCCUGUGUUUGGAAACAUGAACCUCUUCACUGGCCUUGGAGUGUUUGUGGACACCUACCCCAAUGAAAAUAAGAACCAUGAGAAGAAGUACAAUCCUUCGACUCAGAGGGUCUUUCCAUACGUUUCUGGGAUGGUGGGGAACGGGACUCUGGCUUAUGAGCACGAUCGUGAUGGCCAGUCCACAGAGCUUGGCGGGUGCACAGCCCUGGUGCGCAACAUCCCCCAUGACACCUUCCUCCUCAUCAGAUACACCAAAAACCGACUGACGAUACAGAUCGACGUUGACGGUAAACAGGAGUGGCAGGACUGUCUGGAUCUUCCAGGGGUACGUCUACCUCGGGGCUACUUCUUUGGAGCCUCCUCUGUUACUGGAGACCUGUCAGACAACCAUGAUCUCAUCUCUAUGAAGCUGUACCAGCUGACUGUGGAGCGUACUCCGGAGGAAGAGGAGGAGGAAGAGCUCAUCCCCAGUGUUGAUAACUUUGAGCACUUGAACAAAGUGGAGGUGCAAGAAGAGGGGAUGAGUGGAGUCCAGCUCUUCUUCACCAUAGUCUUCUCUGUCAUUGGUAUCUUUGUACUGGGGGUGGUGGCAGUGGUCAUGUAUGGGCGCUGGAAGGAGAACAGCCGCAAACGCUUCUACUAAGAGGGAGAGCUGGGUAGUCUAUGGCUCCAUCCCAAAUGGCACCCUAUUCUCUUGUUUAUAGUGCACUACUUUUGAAUAGGGGUCUAGUCAAAAGGUGAGCUCUCUGUAGGGAAUAGGGUGCCAUUUGGGAUGUCGUCUGAGGGAUGCUCUAUGUGAAUGAGGAUGUAGAUUUUUAAACAUGCAACGAACAUGCUGUCAGCCAUACAUAGCUUUACUACAUAACAAUUCCCUUACCUCAAUAAUACUUCAACUGCGACAAAUGAACCGUUCUCGGACCAUCUCGGCCCAAAUAAAUCAAACGUGACCCUUUUUUUUUUUAUAACAUUUUUUUUAUACUGAGAUUAAUAUUUUUUUGUCUUUUGUUUCACCUUAGUGUUUAACGUAGGAGGCCAUGACCUGUGAAUUGCUGACACUGUCAUCAGCAGACUGCACUCACUUAUAUGCAGUGUGCAUGAUGGCUUCCAGCCUUUUUGUCAUGUUCUGCCGUUGAGACUUCCGAAUUGUUUGCACUGACAUGAAAUGCCCGUGAGAAGACUUCUAUUGAGCUGCCAUAAUAACUAAGUAAUGAGAGAAUUGUUCUCAACAAAAGUACCUAGCUCGGGCCAGUUUAAGACCAGGGCCUUCAUGAUCGUAAUGAAUCAAAUUAUAUUGCUGGGGGAACUGAUCUGAGUUCAGCAGUCCUACUCUGAGAUGUUUUCCUGAAUAUGGGCCCAGGUAUCGCAAUGUACAUGCUAAUCCUCUAGUUCUAUAUUUUGCUUCAUGAGCUAACAUUUGGCUCUUGGUUCUGUAUUGCUGUGCUGUAACUACCAUUUGCCUACAGUUGAAGUUGGAAGUUGACAUACACUUAGGUUGAAGUCAUUAAAACUAAUUUUUUAACCACUAUAGUUUUGGCAAGUCGGUUAGGACAUCUACUUUGUGCAAUGACACAAGUCAUUUUUCCUACAAUUGUUUACAGACAGAGUAUUUCACUUAUAAUUCACUGUAUCACAAUUCCAGUGGGUCAGAAGUUUACAUACACUAUGUUGACUGUGCAUUUAAACAGCUUGGAAAAUUCCAGAAAUGAUGUCAUGGCUUUAGAAGCUUCUGAUAAUCUAAUUGACAUAAUUUGAGUCAAUUGGAGGUGUACCUGUGGAUGUAUUUCAAGGCCUACCUUCAAACUCAGUGCCUCUUUGCUUGACAUGGGAAAAUCAAAAUAAAUCAGCCAAAAAAAUUGUAGACCUCCACAAGUCUGGUUCAUCCUUGGGAGCAAUUUUCAAAUGCCUGAAGGUGCCGUGUUCAUCUGUACAAACAAUAGUACAAAGUAUAAACACUAUGGGACCACGCAGCCGUCGUACCGCUCAGGCUAGGAUUUUUCAACUGCACUUGGAGAAAUGUCCUCUGGUCUGAUGAAACAAAAAUAGAACUGUUUGGCCAUAAUGACCGUUGUGUUUGGAGGAAAAGGGGGAGGCAUGCAAGUCGAAGCACACCAUCGCAAACCCCCCCACCCCCCAACACGGUGGUGGCAGCAUCAUGUUGUGGGGGUACUUGGCUGCAGGAUGAACUGGUGCAUGUCACAAAAUAGAUGGCAUCACAAGGAUGGAAAACAAUGUGGCUAUAUUGAAGCAACAUCUCAAGACAUCAGUCAGGAAGUUAAAGCUUGGUCGCAAAUGGGUCUUUCAAAUGGACAAUGACCCCAAGCAUACUUCCAAAGUUAUGGCUUAAGGACAACAAAGUCAAGGUAUUGGAGUGGCCAUCACAACGCCCUGACCUCAAUCCCAUAGACAAUUUGUUGUCAGAAAAAGCGUGCGCGAGCAAGGAGGCCUACAAACCUGACUCAGUUACACCAGCUGUGUCAGGAGAAAUGGGUCAAAGUUCACCCAAUCUGUUGCGGGAAGCUUGUGGAAGGCUACCUAAAACGUUUGAUCUAAGUUAAACCAUUUUAAAUGCAAUGCUACCAAACACUAAUUGAGUGUAUGCAAACCCACUGGGAAUGUGAUGAAAGAAAUAAAAGCUGAAAUAAAUCAUCCUCUCUACUAUUAUUCUGACAUUUCACAUUCUUAAAAUAAAGUGGUGAUCCUAACUGACCUAAGACAAGGACCUUUUACAAGGAUUAAAUGUCAGGAGUUAUGAAAAACUAGGUUUAAAUUUAUUUGGCUAUGUAAACAUCCGACUUCAACUGUAUCAUACUGUACGGGUUAUUGGAUUGUUUUCUCUGAAACGCUCUACCCUCUUUUGUAGGUUGUUAAACUGUUGUCCACCAGCUAUCAUCUCAAGCACAGAUAUCAAAACCGAUCAUCUCACCUGUGGCAUAUAUAGAUAUAUCUCAAAAAUAUAAAUGCAACUAUUUUACUGAGGUUCAGUUCAUAUAAGACAUCAGUCAAUUGAAAUAUAAUCAUUAGGCCCAAAUCUACGGAUUUCACAUGACUGCACAGGACCAGCCAAUCAGAAUGUGUUUUUUCCCCAUAAAAGGGCUUUAUUGCAGACAGAAAUACUCCUUUGUUUCAUCAAAUGUCCGGGUGGCUGGUCUCAAACGAUCCUGCAGGUGAAGACGGUGGAGGUCCUGGGCUGGUGUGAUUACAUGUGGUCUGCGGUUAUGUGUCCAAUUGGACAUACUGCCAAAUUCUCUAAAAUGACGGAGGCGGCUUAUGGUAGAGAAUUGAACAUUACAUUCUUUGGUAACAGCUCUGGUGGACAUUCAUGCGGUCAGCAUGCCAAAUUCAUGCUCCCUCAACUUGAGACAUCUGCCAUUGUGAUGUGUGACAACUGCAUAUUUUAGAGUGGCCUUUUUAUUGUCCUCAGCACAAGGUGCUAUGUAAUGACGUGCCACACCUGUCAGGUGGAUGAAUUAUCUUGGAAAAGGAGAAAUGCUCACUAACAGGGAUGUAAACAAAUUUGUGCACAAAAUGUAAGAAGCUUUUUGUGCAUAUGGAACAUUUCUGGGAUCUUUUAUUUCAGCUCAUGAAACAACCCUUUACAUGUUGCGUUUUAUAUUUUUGUUCAGUAUAUUUAUUCUAAUUAAUAAUGUCAGCCUAUAUUUACCUUUAUGAUUGAUCAAAUGUCUCUUGUUCACCUGUGAAAUUUUGUUGGUUGUUUUCUAUGUUGACAAUGUUUUUAAAACAUAUUAUUGUUAUGAAAAACUGUACAUUGUCCAUCCACGGUGUCGUUAAGCCUCGUGGCUAAACUGUAAUUCCAAAAUAAGAUAAAGUAGCCUAACGGUUGGUUUGUAAUCAGUUACAUUACCAAUCCUCUCCAGGCACUUAUUUUCUGGUGCCUUACCUGGGUCGUAUUCAUUAAUGCAAACUGUAGUAAAACUGUUUUGCAAUGGAAACCGCUUAGAGCAUUUGGGUUAACAUUGCAAAAAGUUUUGCUACGGUAUGCACAAAUGAAUGUCAGUCUCUAAAAGGUUAAAGGUCGUACGCGAGAGUCCAGGGCCGGCCCUGGGCAUAAGCGACGUAGGUGGUCGCCGGCUGCUAGGGGGUCCCCCGACCCAAUCAUUAAAAUGGUGUAUUUUUAUUUUAAGGUCUCAACUUACUGUUGAACGCAAUAUUGAAAUUUGGUUGUGCAUCGGUAGUUUUACUCAUGUCAUUCAAUUAAUUAGCCCAUGGCAGCAAAAAAAAGUUAUUGCUAAAUUAAUUUGUCCAGCUAUCUACGUCUGAAUUACUGACCGGGAACAAAGGGCAGGGGCCUCAUUUAACCAACCAUGCGUACAUUUCUUACUAAAUUCUGGCAUUUGUGGAAGUCUAGGAUUUGCAUAUGCAACAAAUUUGUUGGGGUUUAUCACACUGUCACAGGCAACAUACUGUGCACGUUGUUUUUAUAAAUCAGAGCCAUACUAUGUUUGUUUGUGUGCUACAACCCCACCUGGAAAAUGUCCUCCUGGAACAAGAGUUUCUAAAAGAAAGCACAAUGGCAAAUUUGAUCACAUUUCUGUUAGAGGCGUGGGCAGAAUGUUUUAAUAUUUUUCAGGAAAAAAAUGCAUGCUGCCUAUAGCAAGUGCCAAACACUGGAUAUACCUUCCUUUUGCAUAAAAUAAACAUAUUAGACAUCAUGGUGAUAUGUGAUCUGCUUAUUAACUGCAUCUGUUUUAUCAUUAGGCCUGCUUUUUAAUGUUUUUAUUAGCCUACCAUUGUUAUAAUUCCCGUGCAUCAAAUACCUCCAUUUUCCGCAAAAUAGCAAUAUUUGCUCGCAAUACAGUUGAUCAACCACUAGUUGUGUGCGUGGUUUGAGAUUUGUGUGAAUAUAGGCCCACUUUCCUGUCAUGUUCAAAAUGGAUAAAUACCAACCUUUGCGGGAAAACUGAAGUAUGCAUGUUUGGAUGCUUUUUUGUUGUUGUUGUUGUGCACACACCUUGAUAAAUCAAGCCCCAGGGGCCCUGACCUCCAGGGAGCCCCAAGUCACUCAAAUAUCAUAUUUACAUGCCAUGUCAUGGAAAAAUGUGUGGUAUUUCAGGAAAUUCCUUUUAAAAUGUCUAAAAUGUAUCUCCGCCUCAUGGCAAAAUGUAUAAAAUUGCAAAAAAGUAGCUUUAAAACUGCAACGUUUUCUCUACACCCCAUGGCAAAUCUCCCCUAGGGCCCCCAAAAGGGUAGGGGCCCUGUAUGAAACUCCAGCGCUGUAUUUCUGUCAGUUCAUGAUGAAGCUCGAAUAGAUAGGGCCCGAUGUGCUGUUUUAACCCAAAAGGUUUUCUUUAAUGUUGACAUCUAUAGUUAAAUAUGUUUGGGACUGUGUGGAAUGAGAGUAAUUUAUCGUGUCAUAAAACAUCUGGAAGCGACACAAACGUGACUAUUUCAAUCUUUAUUUUGUGAAUGCUGUUUGGCUUCUGUCAAAUGUUAAAUUCUUGGAAAUCUACAGUUGUAAAAUAUUAUCUUGUUGGUCUAUAUGAGGAGAAUGUGCACUGUAGUGCUCUUGUGUCAAAUCUUUUUGAAUAAAAAUGUCUAUGACAUUCUUUCUCAUUUGGAAACGUC